AUGCUCUUACAGAACACAGUCGUCAAGCGAGGAAUCCUGCAACUGCGACGUCAGUCUUAUACUCCCGCCGCCGGCUCACGGCUCGACUCGUCGGUUAAACAUGCAGACGUGGCUGUGAACGACACCACCGACUCAACCCAAACACAAACGCAUGAGCUGAUCAUGUCAAUGCCUGAUCACUCAUCCCGCGGCACGCAUCCUCCACCUCCGCCAUCCGCCACUGGCCACCCUCUUCCUCGCCGCGCCUCGGCCGCGAACUCGGUGACGCUCCGCCACCACCGUCUCGCCCGCGAUGCUUCGCUCCGCGCCAGCCCGGGCUCGGGGCCUGCCAACUCGAGCAACGUGAUGUCGUCGCCGCGGAGGAACUCGUCGGGCGAAAGCCACGAGACUGGCCAUAGCGAUCCCAAGAAAUGGUUCGACCAGUCGAACCAGAACCCGACUGCGAUCUUUGAUAACACAAUCAUGGAUGUCGAUCCGCCAUUUUUCCAAAAAGAGUCCGAUUCCUCCAAUGAGGAAAAGCCUUUUCCGUACCAGCACCAUGCCGUUCCGCCCAGAUUGGCCACGGCGCAAAGCAGCAGUGCCGAUGACUACCGGAGUGUCAUCGAUGACCUGACGGUCGAAAUCCAGAAGCUCAAGGAGGAGUUGAAGCGUUACAAGCAAAAAGGGCCCGACAUGUUGCGCAAGGACAAGCUUUUCGAGAUUAAGAUCCAUGGUCUCCCGAAACGCAAGAGGCGAGAGCUGGAAACAACUCUCCGUGACUUCACAGCCAGCCUACAGCACUCCCAGGAUGCCUCGUCCUCGCAGCGCAACAAGUCACGGCAUGCGAUGCGCGAUAACACGUACUCGGGCUCCGGCUCCGGCUCCGUGUCCAAGCACGCAUCCUCUUCAACCGGCUCCAACGCGCGACCCGUCGACUCGGCAUACGCGUCCAUGUCUACGGGCGCCAACUCGUCCGGCACGUCCCUAGGCCGACCACCGAUGAGUUCGAGGGUCCGGUCGUCCGAGCAAAAGGUGGAAAAUUACCUGCGCGACAUUCCCGAGGGGCUCUAUCCGCGACACAUGGCCAUGACUGAGAGGGAUAAGAAGAGGCUCGUCGUCAAACGCUUGGAACAGCUCUUCACCGGCAAGAUUGGCGUGGUUCCCGAAGACCAGCCUCCGUCACGUCAACAGGUUCACCUGCCCCCGACCCUGGCUACUGCCGAACCAUCCCGCGAGGCGAGGAUUCUUCCUCUCGAACGGCCGUCCGACCCAUCCGGCAAGAAGACGCAGUCACGAGACAACGGGUCAGCAUCAAAUUCCAACGGGGACCAGACCGAAUCUGGUGGCAACGGAAACAGCAGUGACUCCGGCGCAAACACGUCGCCACCGAACAUGCUGCUGCCACCGGAACAGCGACCGACGCGCGUCAAGGAUCUUGACCCGGAUCGUGUCCAGGUUCCAUCCGAAAACAUGGAGUAUAUUCGGCAUCUCGGCCUUGUCCCCCCCGAACUCUUGGCCGAUGCCUCUCGGGCAGCGCCAGACGUUCACCCCGAUGCUGAGGGCUGGGUCUACUUGAAUCUUCUGUGUAGCCUUGCCCAGCUGCACAUGAUCAACGUCACCCCUAGCUUUGUGCGCUUUGCUGUGUCCGAGAUGAGCACAAAGUUUCAGCUGUCUCCCGAUGGCCGCAAGAUUCGUUGGCGAGGCGGAAGCGAAGGCACCAGGUUCUCCGGCGACAGCUCCGGCGACGCCUCUCAGAGGAGCCCUGACACGGAUGACACGACGUGCUCUAACAAUGAGGAGUCGUGUAAGCGACGGAAGACGGGAAACUCGACGGGCGAUGGGUUUCACUCUGGCGACAGCUCCAGCAAGAAGCCGUACACGUUUGGGCCGCAAGUCUCGGGGUCCUCGGAAGGUUUCCACUACAAACCACUGUUUGUUCAGCAGGGAUCGCCCGACGGCCAGACGUCAAUAGACGAUACAGUGUCAUCAUUCGGCCCCGUCGAGGACAGCAAUAUGGGCGCCUCCCGCUGGGAGCUGAGUGGAUCCGGGACGUCGAAUCGCAGGAAGCGGCGCCACGAUGGAGCCAUCAUCUACUACAGCGGCGCACCUUUUUGCACUGAUCUCUCGGGAGACUGUGGCGACGUGUCACCAGCCACAUAUAUGUUGUCGAGCGGUCAGGAGCCAAACGAAUCGCCUUCACAAUUUAUGCGGCCACUUCCACGACGCUCCGAGUCUGGGUCGUCUCUGUGCUAUCGACCGUUGAAUGAUCACCCGAUAUCGAGUGUCAGUUCCAAGAUGGACGUCCAUAAUGUCCAUGCUACCCCCGGCCUGACCAGUGGCUCGGAAGAUGAGGCUGGUGAUGUCGAGCUCGACUUGAGCUGGUCUGGGGAGCAACAGUACAUGGAGGUUCGCCCAUUGGAGCCCUGCGGGCUUGGAGGUGUCUUACCUGACGACCACUUUAUGGUGGUGGUUUCUACGAAGCGCCCCAUCAAAGACGUGGUGUUGUCGACGGAGAAAGGCAACGACGACAUGGCAACGGAUUGCAUCGUCAACCGCCUGGCGACCAUGUCGACGUCAUAUCCCGUACCACGUACGUUGUGCUCGUCGACGCAAUGCCCUGCAAACCCCAUCGAAGUCCAGUAUGUGUCGGGUCGCAUCAAGCGCCUGGCACCGGUCCCGCUUCCACCGCCCGCCAUCUUUUUCCCACCUUUCAGUAACGACGACUCCAGCGACGGGGACACGGAUGCGGGCUUCGAUGGCGACGACGACGAGUACGAGACUUCAGAGUGCACGAGCCGCAAGGCCAACCCUCAUCAGUCAGACGGUUAUCCCGACGGCGUGGAUCUUAGCAGCGGAGACGAAGAUGGCGAGGACCCGGACGACGAACCUGAAACGUGCCGCAUGUAUGACGUUGAAGAUCGCAAAUGGGACGAGCGAGGCCUCGACGAUCUUGCUCGCCGGUCGAUUGGCAGCGCCGAAGCUGCCCCGGGCACGCUGCGAGGGCGAAGCAAGAGCGCUGCGAGCGAGAUGGUGGCUCGGACGGGCGGAAGCUCAGUUGCCACGGCCGGAGGCGUUGAGAGCGGAUACAGCAGCAGCGUCGAAGCGAGCAGCUAA